ACCUCAGCGUCACCUCUCGUCUUCUCACCUCCUCCCUAUUUUCCAGCAAUCCUGCAGACUGAUUCCUCUCCAUCUCGCCUUAACACCCAAUACUUCGCUUCUCUUCCGUCCUCUCUUCGCCUUGGAGCCCUUCAGAAGAGGACUUGCAGAAUCCAGCCGACUCCAAAAAGAUGUAAUGAGGACAUCUCUUCAAAAUUUGCUCUUAUCUGAGACAUUCUGAUUCCUUCAGUGCUGGAAAAAAGCAUGUCAUUAUGUGCUCCUCUUCCGCAUGUAAGGCUUUUAAAUGAGAAGGCAGAGAUUUAUAACUGACGCUAUGGAUGAGUGAUGUGAAUGACCUCCUUAGGGUGCCACAGACUCUUAACUUUGUCCAUAAUGUGUGAUCAAGUAGAAGAAGUUGGUGACCGGGAAUUGAGGAACAACAACCAGCAGGGUGCUGGUGAUGCAAAUGCCAACAGAGUUCAGACAGAGGAGGAUGAUGGGAGAACUGGACAUACUGGCUCUCUGUCAGGGAUAAUGACUGAGACAGCAGAGCAAGACAAAGUCAUCAUCUGGGGCACAGACUCUCAGUGUGACGACCCUGAGCUGGCUGAGUUUGAGAUGUUGGAGUGUCAGGAGUUGGAGGCUUAUUUGGUUGAGGAUGGGGAAGAUUUUGUUGGGCUCACAGAAAGGAAGAAACAUCAAGAGGAGACCUCACCGUGUAGUAAUGCCACAGAAAAACAGGCAACAGGUGGUACAAAUCGUAAAGGAAUGAAGUCGGUUGUGGAUGUUGCUUGUGAGCAGGAGUCAUCAGCGUCUCAUGUCUCUGAUUCUGAUGUUUUUGUGACCUGCUUGUCCACCACAGCUACUCCGACGACAGACUCCUGGCAUGUUGCCCCUGGUAACCACUCUGCCCUCUCAGAGGAUCUUACUGUGGCCUCCCAAACCUGUAGCAUCGUCUCUGAGCGAGACAAAGCCCCCCCAAAAGCUGAUCUCUCCUUGUCAGCUAGAAAAAGCCCAACACACCAGCAAGAUUUAGACAUGAAUUUAAAUUCAACACCUCAUCCAGAGAUUAUUGUACCACAACAGCAAGUGGAGAAUGGUGUCUUAAGCGAGGAUGUAAGCAACGAGCAGAACACAGAUAAUAACCAGAGGAAUGUGGAAGGAAAAACCAUUUCAAAGGGAGAUUGUGAUAAUACAGACCACAAAGCUUUAUUCUGUGUAGAAAGCAAAACUAAAAUGGAUAAAAGCACACAAGCCAGUGAAAUCCUUGAGUUGAUAAAACCAGUCAAUAGUGGUGCAAAAGCAACUCAUCCAUCAAGUGAACCAAAAGCCAUAAGAAAACAAGGCUCAUUUGAUAACGGUCUAAAGAAACAAAACUCUUUUGACAGGAGUUUCAAAAAGCAGCCAUCCUUUGAGAAUUCUUUCAAGAAGCAGCUUUCUUUUGAUAACAGCCUGAAAAAGCAGGGCUCCUUUGAGAACAGCUCCAGCUUGUCAUCUCAGGAGCGGAGGAAAACAUGGGGAAGCCCUGGUCGAUCUGCAGCCCCGGCAACUCCCAAAACUACCUCCUGCUCACCCAAAAGACAACCGCCAGGUUCUCCAGCUAAAGUCCAGGGCACAAGGGCUUUGAGUUUGGAAAGAAGUGCUGCUUUUCAAAAAACUGUUGGUCAGAUUGUCAGACUUCCGAAUAAAAUAAACAUAAAUAGUGGCAUUCCCAAACCCAUCUCUCAACAGAAAGAAAAUGAGCCCAAAAUUCCCCCUCUACCACAGAAGCCCAAAAAUGUGAGACCAAAAAUCAUUACAUACAUUCGAAAAAGCACACCAGCAAAAUCACAAGACACCAACACCCAGUCUGAAGGCUUAACAAAGGCAACUCAACCACUAUCUUCUUCUGGUGCACAAGCUGAGAAGGAUUCAAAGGGGGUUCCUCAAUCCAGAUCCACUCCGGUUCUCAGCUCCUCCAAUGUACUGUUCGACAAAUAUCGACAGGAGUUGCAGAAGGCAGGGUACUAUCCGCCAGGCGCAGCUCCGAUGGGCGUGAAACCUCCAGGGUACACCGCACCUCAGAGGGUGAGCGGGAAAUCAGAGAGCUUUCAUGAAGAAAUGUCGAAGAAAUACGUCCAAGAGCAUCUUUACCAAGACGGUGGAGGCGUCUAUCGUUCACCUAGAACUCUGAGGCCUCAGCUAGGUUUGGGGGCAGUCACCAGGCAGCCCGCGGCCAAGACAAGAGUCCCGCAGAUGGGUCAGAGGUCAGCUCCACUAUCCUGCCAUGCAGCAAGCGUGUCCACCCCAGGCCUCCAGGACCAAACAGGUCCAGAAAUUACACCCAAAACUGUCCUGCUGAAGUCGGGCCAGUCCGGUCUCCGUCCUCCAGGCUUUUCCAGCCUUCCAGCUGCUCGACUAGCUGCUUUAGGCGUCAUACGCAGCUCCAGCGCCUCAUCGUUGUCCAGCAGCCAGUCCAACGACAGCUGUCACAACGACCAAUGUCACUAUCCCUGCUCUGGCGGUGAUGAAACACUUCCACACAAAGCCGUCAUAGACAGUGAAACCUCCCAGGCUAAGGGCCGGGUUCAGCCCUCCAGCACUACGAGUCUGCAGAAUCGUAACCUAUCACCCCAACAUGGCUCCUCCCUUGUGUCGAGGACAAACCUGCAGAAGGACACAGAGGCUGUGCUCUCACCAAGAUCUUCCCCUAAAAGAUGUGCUGUGGUUCCACCAAAGCCACAAUCACCCUCUCGCGGUCGAACAGCAGCGGUUCCUCGGACAGGACGGUGUCAGGAAGUGGACCGGGCUCUGAUCCAGCGGCUACAGGAGCGAUGUGAGCAGCAGGCCCUGCAGCUGCAGACUCUCCAGGUCCAGCUGAAGAAGGCCUCUCUGUGCCUGGAUGUUUUCAGCAUCACCACUCUGCACUUUUGUGAUAAGAAUGAGAGCGCCAUUGUGAAAGAGAGGGAGCUGUCCCUGGAGCUCGGCAGAAUCAGGGAUGAAGUGGCUGUUAGUGUCGCGCACUGGGAGCAGCUGCAGCAGGAGAAGGAGGAUCAGGAGCACCGUUUUGAGGCUGAGCUGCAGGGGCUGCGGGCUCAGCAGCGGAGCGAGCUGGGAGCGCUGGAGGAGAGGCUGAAGGCUCGGCACACAGAGGAGACCGAGAGCCUGCAGGCCCAUCAGCAAGCUGAGCUGGAGGAGCUACAGUUCAGACACCAGGAGCAGCUUGAGGAGAUGACAGAGAAUCAUGAGGCAUCCUUGACAGAGAUGGAGACAGCCCACAAUGACACUUUGGACACUUUGCAGGAGGAGCAUGCAAGGACAGUAAAGAAUCUGAAAAUGGCUCAUGAACAACAGAAAAAGUCUCUAGAGGAAGAGUUUGAGAAAAUCAGACUUUCACUCCAGGAUCAGGUGGACACACUUACGUUUCAGAACCGCAGCCUGAGAGAUCGAGCAAAACGCUUUGAAGAAGCUCUUCGUAAGAGCACAGAUGAGCAGAUAGUUGAUGCUUUGGCUCCAUAUAAGCAUAUUGAUGAGGACCUGAAGAGCCUUAAAGAAGUUCUGGAGAUGAAGAAUCAACAAAUUCAUCAACAGGAGCUGAAGAUUUCUGAACUGGAGAAAAUACAGGCUGAAAAGAAUGUGCACCUGGAGGAGAGACUGCAAGUGUUGCAGCAGCAGAACGAAGACCUGAGAGAGCAGAUAGACAAGAAUCAAGCUGUGUCCAGACAACUCUCUGAAGAAAACGCCAAUCUGCAGGUGCACGUGGAGAUGGAGAGCAAAGAGAAGAAGCGUCUGAGCCGCACCAAUGAGGAGCUGCUGUGGCGUCUGCAGACAGGCGAGCUGAGUCCACACAUGACCCCCAGCUCCUCCCCCAUCCACCACCCAGCCUCUGGACCGGGCUCCCCUGCCCGCCCCCACUCCUACCACCAGUGACUGUUUGUACCAAACAUCUUAUUUUAUCAGUGUUUUGUUUAACUCUGAAAAAAUGUUCCUCUGUUUUAAAGGAAUAUUAUACAAUCGGUGGACAAAGAGACAGUGAUAUGUUCUGUUUGUUUGGGGAGAAUCUCCUCUCAUUUGAUGCAUUUCCAAAACAUUUUUUUUUCUUUUCUUUGACCUCAUGAAUUGUACGGAUGAUUACACGAAGAGUAAAACCUUAGCAUGUUUCUCCAGCAGGUGAAAGUUCAGAGAGCAUCGCAGUGCCUCAUUUACAUAUUAUCGCCUCCAUUUACAUUUUCAUCUUCUCCUCCAGCUCUCAGGAUGAUGGAUAAAUAAGACAUAGUAAACUCAAAAAACAUGAAGCGCCUUCAGUCAUCCAUUCCCUCCCACCAGCAAGGUCCACCUGGGGGUUGGCAGUAUUAUCAGAAAAAGCCAACUUCAGUUCUUAACAUUUUCAUGUAGAAACAUUUCAUUUAUCAUGAGUGUAUGAUUUAUACCAAGCCAUCUAACCCCAAACCAUUCAUAACUCCACUUUACUGCCAAUACAGUGUAUGUAUAUUAUGAGUUAUUACGUGUGUAGACUCUGUAGAUGUAUGACUAUCUUUGCAGCAUGGGUUGUCUUCCGAUUAGAACAGAUUUUCAGAUUAUUUCAUGUAUGUAUGAUGAUAAGAAUUAAAAAGAAGCACUUCAACAUAUUUUGGAGAAGAAAGAACCCUCACCCUCAGUAGAAUUAAAGAAAAGGUAGUCAACUCACACAAAAUAAAACCACCAAAGAUGAAGUUCUUAAACUAUAACACACUGCAUCAGUUACAUGCUUGGAACUCAAUGCAGAACAUUCAUGCUUCAGACGAAGCCCCUUGAGUUUUUUUUUUACAUUUUGGGAUGUUUCAAACACAAACUUGAAUGUUUUUAUUUGGAUUUCAUGAGCUGAAAGCUGAAAAGUAUGCCAUACAUAUGUAAGCUAAAAGAGCAUGCAUGUAAGAUUCCAACAUAUGAUUAUUCUUUCAUCUAAACCAUUCCAAUGUAAAUCUGGCGAUGUGUUUAGGGUUACUGCCCUGCUGGAACCUUUUCAUAUUCCGGCAGGCUCGUCUUUAAUUUAGCGCCAUUCAUUUUCACAUCAACUCCGAUAAGCUUGAUGCUGCUACCACUGUGUUUCCACAGUGGAAAUAAAGGUCUUUAUUCAACCUUUAUUUAACCACGAUAAAACUUCUUGAGAUCUCAAGAAAAUUUAACGUUAAUACCCAAUUGCCUGUAUUUAGAUGAGAUUAAACCACAUAUACAUACCAUUAGUAACUUCAGAAGUCUUUUUUUUAUUUGCGAACUACCAAUUUCCUUUCAUUUUACAAUUAUGCACAACUUUACAUUGGUUUCUUAUAUAAAGUCCUAAUAAAAAACAUUUAAGUUUGUGGUUGCAACUUGACAAAUUGUUGAAAAGCUUAAGGGGCAUGAAUCCUUUUGCAGCAGUAACAGUUUGCUUUAUCUUUUCUGCGCUCUGUUCAGUGGUCUUCAUAUUUCCAUAUGUACAGUUUGAA